AUGGAGGCCAAUGACCAGGCCCGGUAUGCAGAUAGAGUGAAACCAAGUACCUCUACCCAUGUUGCAAAAAAGAAGACGGUUGCACCCUCGGUGCACCUUCUCGCAGGCGCGAGCGGUGGAUUAGCUACUGCUAUCGUGACGUCGCCCCUCGACGUGUUGCGAACACGCCUUCAAUCCGACUUUUAUCGAACCAAAAACACUAGCGCCUCCAAUCAAUUAAAUCAGCCUCUACAGACAGUACAACCACGCGGAUCAAAUCACAGAACGAUGCAGGUCAUCAACUCCAUUUAUCGUGCCGAAGGCUGGCGAGCCUUUUUCCGAGGCCUCGGUCCAAGCAUGGCCGGCGUGGUCCCGGCGACUGCGAUCAAGUUUUAUGUCUACGGGAAUUGCAAACAUUUCGGUGCUAAGAUGCUAGGACAUACGGAAGAUUCCCCGCUCGUCCACGCGCAGGCUGCAAUUAGCGCGGGGAUAGCAACCUCCACAGCAACAAAUCCUAUAUGGCUGGUCAAAACACGACUACAACUUGACAAAACAGAAAUCGGGGGCGUUUCAACUCGUCGAUAUCGCAAUAGCAUUGAUUGCAUCCGGCAGGUCUUCCGAAAUGAGGGAUUAAGCGGGUUUUACAGAGGGUUAAGCGCUAGCUAUCUCGGCUCGAUUGAAACGGCUCUGCAUUUAGUGCUUUACGAACGUCUGAAAACCAGCUUUCAUCGGUCGUUAGAAACUACCGAAGGAACACGAACUGCGUUUUUGGACGAAUUCUUCCAUUGGGUUAGUACUAGCGGUGCUGCAUGUUCUGCAAAGCUAGCCGCGGGUCUAAUGACAUAUCCCCAUGAGGUUAUUCGAACGAGAUUGCGUCAGGCGCCUGUGGAGAAUGGCCGGGCCAAAUACACGGGCUUGCUGCAAUGCUUCCGUUUGGUCGCUAAAGAGGAAGGUAUGGCGGGAUUGUAUGGCGGCUUGGCUCCCCAUAUGAUUCGGUCUUUACCCUCGGCUGUCAUUACGCUUGGCGUAUAUGAAUUUGUGCUGAGGAUCACCGGGAGCUGA